UAUGGAUAUUAAUUAGAAGAGAAAAUUAAAAGUCAAAACCAUUUCUCAAUAAGUGUUUGAGCUUGAAGUGCCACAAGAUGUAUUACAAAUAUUAAAAUAAUCCUAGAUUUCGAUCGCAGACUUAAAAAAGGAAAUUUUUACUAAAUCUUAAGUUCCAAUAGAUAGACAAAGAUUGAUCUUUUUGGGAAAGGCUCUUCUAGAUAAUCAAAAAUUAAAUGAAAUAAGUAUUUAACAUCAUCUAUCCAUUAGUUAAGGAGGAUGAUUAAACAAUUCAUUUGAUGGCCAUUACUAAUCCCCAAUAACCUCAACAAUAACCAAAUUAAAAUUAAACUUAAUAGUAAUAAUAGAGAUUGUAAUUUAUGCCUGGCAUACAAACAACUACAUAAAUACAUAUUGGAGCAGGAGGUAAGUCAAUUAUCUAUAUCUCAAUUUAGAUGGUUAGCCAUUUAUGCCCCCAGAUUUAGCUAAUAUUCUACAAAUUUUUGGUCCACAAAUGGCAAGGUCUACAUAAUAGCAAUAGUCAUAAUAAUAAUAAUAAGCUCAACCAACUCAAUAGACAUAAUAAUAAUAAUAAUAAUAAUCAUAAUAAUAAUAAUAAUAAUAAUAAUAGUAAUAAUCUUAAUAAUAGCAAUAACAAACUUAGCCAAAUUAGCCUGACCCUAGACAAUAACCAUAAAUCCCACAAUAAUAAAAUUAACCAUAAUUGCAGUAAGUGACUCUUUUACCAAAUAAUUAAUCUGCAGUUGGAAUACACCUUCCUUAAGAAUAAAUUUAAUAAUUGAAUAACUUAUUAGGUAAUUUUUAUCAGUCAUAAUUCCUUGGAUUACAAUUCUAACUACCAUAGAUGACUGAACAUAGAAACAACGUUACUGUUUUAGGCCAUUACCUUCAUUAAUUAUGUUUUCUUUUUUAAAGAACUCUACCAAUAUUGUAAAGGGUAUCAGACUUGUUAAUGAGGGAACCCUUUUUAGCCUCUGAAAAUGAAAGAAGAGAAACAAUGUAAUUAGCCAGAGACUCAUCAACUAUUAUGUAGGGAAUUAAUAGAAUGACUGCCGAUUUGUUUUCAGCUCUACUUAGAUUUUUAGUCCUUGGAAAUGCUCCAGGUUAAUUUUCAUUAUAGGUCCCAUCCUAAUUAUUAUAAAAUCCUCACCACAAUCAUGGAUCUAUUAACAUAUAACAUUCACAUAUAACUAGAAAUCCAUAACAAUAAUAAACUUAAUAAUAAUAAAAUCAAUAGUAAUAAUAACAAUAAUAAUAGUAGUAAUAAUAAUAACAAUAAUAGUAAUAAUAACAAUAAUAACCAUAAUAAAACUUAUUAAGCUCUUUAGGAUAACUAUUGAACUAAUUCUCAUAAAAUCCAAACAUAUAAUAAAAUAAUUCACAAUAGAUAUAAGUUGAAUAACAGGGAGAUUAAAUUAUUAUUGAUGCAUAAGUUUUAGAAAUUGAUGCAGGAAGUGAGUUAGGCUCAAAUUAAGAAGGAGAUCAAUAAUAAAAUAACAAUCCUUUAAAUGCUAUCAAUAAUUUAGUCAAGUAUGUAUUUUUUAUUAUAUAGCAAUUUGAUAAAUUUAGAAUAAUAGUAAUAUUAGCCCCAAUAGUAAUUCUAAUCUCCAUAACACUAACAAUAGCCAUAAGGAAAUGAAUAAUAACACUAAUAGCCAUAAUAGCCACAGAAUAAUUAAAACAUCCCUCAAUAAGCCUAAUCAAUGAUGUCUGGUUUACUUGGAAAUCUUGGCCUUGGUGGUUAAUAAGGAGGAGCUAAUUUAUUUACAAUGACUUUAUAGGAACUCAUGAUGCAAAAUUAUGCAAAUAAGAUGGAAGAUGGUGAGAUAGAAAUUUUAUAAAUAUUUUCGUAAGUCAAAGUAGGAGAUAUAAUGGCUGCUUAGGUCUCCGGUAAUUAUUCGUUUUUAGAUGGAUUGCAAGGAAAUAUCAAAGAGAAUCUACACAAUUUAAUUGGAAAAUUUGAAGGCAGAAUUGAAUUAAUUGAAAAACUUGCAAAUUCAUUUUUAUCAACAGUAGUUCCUAAAGGAAGUCAUCAACAUCUAGUAAUUGAAGGAUUCGAACCAAGAAUAACAGCUUCUGAAGCUCUUGUAAAACACAUAAAAUAAUUUUUUAUGAUUAUUGAUAAGGACUAUACAAAUAGUGUUGAAAAGUUUAGUGAUGCUAUGGUAAGUCAAUUUUAUAAAAUGAUUGGAGAAACUACUUAUGAAGUAUCAGAAGGAUUGGUUCAUGGCCUUGAUGAUUACAAAUUAGUUAUUUAGUAAUUAUUAUUUUCAUACUUAGAGCAAACGUCGAAGAAUUAUUAAGGAAGACUAUUGGUCCAGAAAUUGGUGUUAUGUUUGGUGGUAUGUUGUUUAUGAUGCUUUGGAGUGUGAUUGAGAGAUCAUAUAAUUAGUAUAAAAAAUCUCUUGAAUAAUAAUAAACAAUAAUAUAAUAGGAAGAUGUAUUAACAGAAGAAUAAGUAAGUCGAAUUGAAAUGAUAUAAUAGUUAUUGAAAGAGAUCACUGAGGCCAGCCAAGCAUGUAAACAGAAUAUUGAAACUAAUUUUUCUAACGAAUAUAAAAAAGGAGAUCCAGGGUAUAAAGAUUUCGAUUGAUAUAUAUCAAAUUUGUGCAAGAAUAUAAUCAUAAAUUUAUC